UGGCUCACAGCUAGAUAUCACACUGGAUAGAUUCGUCCCGCCCUGUGCUCUGGAGCGUUCUCUCCUUCAGUGACCACAUAUGACAAGUUGAUGUGAAACUAGAAUGACUCUGAGAUCUCUUCUGUGAGUUCCCCUUUGCGCACUUGUGUCUGAGCCUGGAUGAUGGAGGUGGAGGUGGAGAGCUGCUGGCUGCUCCUUCUGCUCUGCUUCUUGACUCUCCACAGCUCGGCCAUCGAGACCGUGAACGUGGUGGACUUCUGUGGCCAAACGAUACGUGGUGACGGCAUGAUCGUCAACUCGCACCAGGAGUCCAAGAAGUACUACUUUGUUACCAUGGGGACUGACUGCCACCUCACCAUGCAGGCCAGCUCCCCUAAAGACAAGGUCCAGUUCCACUUCCGCUUCUUCCUGGUGUACAGUUUGUUACGAGUGGCCCCUCUGAGCCCGGCCCCUCUCUUUCCAGAGUCCCCUCGUGGCUCCGCCCCAUUUAACCCCAGACUGGAGCCCACCUCCGGUGAGAGCUCGGGGGACCCGUGUCACGCAGGCUCAUAUGUCCAGUUCUAUGAUGGAGGUGACAGGAGCUCGCCUCCUCUUGGGCCUCCUCUUUGUGGGAAGAGCCCGCCCCGGCCGGUGCUGUCCACAGGAAACUACCUGACCCUGAGGCUGGUGACCCGGGGGACUCAGCCCAGAGUGGACUUUGUGGGGGACUUCACCUCCUUCAGGCUGGGUUUUAACCAAUCAGAGUGCAGCAAUGAGCCCUAUUUCACCUGCAGAAAUGGAAAGUGUAUCCCUCUCAGUCUGGUGUGUGAUGAUAAAGGCAUUGACAACUGUGGGGAUGGAAGUGACCUGGAAGAAAACCUUACUACGGGUUGCAAAGCAGGUCAGCUUUUACCUCCUGAACCUCCACCGUCAAUAGCAACCCCACCCCCACCUUUUGUGAAACCACCCACAACGGCCAUUCCACACAUCAGCUGUGGCGUUCCAGACAGCCCUCCAAGUCAUGAGUCUGUAACAGACUCCCCUGCCUCUCUGUCCCUGUUGGUUCUCUACAUCAUCCUGGGCGUGGUGGCAGGCAGCGUGGUGCUCUGCUGGUGCUGCUGGUCACCCGGUUGGUUCCUCUGGCGCGUCAGCUUCUGUCGCUUCUUACCCUGCUGCAACUCGGCCUGCGCCUCCUGUCAGCUCUGCGCCCGCAGCUGCACCCACAGCAAGGAGCACCGACUGGCAAAAGUCACCCCACACACACCAGUCAACGGGACCCCAACAGGCAUGGCAGCCACCACCAACAGUGCUGAUGAAAAUGUUACCACGGCAGCUGUGUAGAGCAGGAGGAGUGUCCGGUCAGUUUUAGCUUGCUGAGACAGUACAGUAUGCUGAGCUGUGAUCAGGGGAGGACAUGAACAGUUACUGCAUUAGGCAGUGCAGCAUGACCGACAAUCUUUAUCAUGAAGGUUGAACUGGUUCAGUUUGCAAUGCUGAAAUGAGCAGAGCUGAGCAGUUUCGGUCAAACUGUGGUUUGUGUGCUUUAAAGGUGAUGAUGAGACUGCUAUGUUUAUGUUGCUAUAAGAAGGUAAAGCAGGGUACAGUGUGACUAUGGAUUGUGUAAGAAGUGUGAAUGUAUCUAUAGCAUUAAGGGUUCUUAGAAUUACUUAAGAAACAUUUAUUGUUUACAGCAUGUUUCGCCUGUUUUGAAGUUAUAUCUUAUAUAUUGUGAUGGCAUCACAUUCUGUUUAAGAGACUGCUCAAGAGGUUUGAGAAGGGCAGUCUUAAAUGCUUGGCCAGUUUUCAGAGGAGACAAUAAAGACUGUUGAGUUGUUAUAGUCUAUAGUCAUAUGUCUUUUUGUAUAUGAAUAUGCUUUUCUGCUCUGCAUAAGAGGUAACAGUUUAGUCAUUUAGUGAAAGAAUACUUUCAGUCCACAGCUUUGACCAAAAGUAUGCCAUGGACACAUGCUGAGGAGACAGUGCAGACCUACAAAGUCUCCCACCUGGGGACAACAGCUGUUCUCCCCUGGAGAAAUUCCUUCAAACUUUCCACUCUCCGCCCAGCAGUCCACUGUUGUUCCACAUAAAAGCCAAUGUGGAAUUCGGACAAUAGAGCACAAAGUCACCCAGUGUAUAGGGGUCGACAUUUUGUAGGAAAAAACGUUGUGGUAUUUUAGUGUGAACUUCUAACAUGCUAUUGUGUGGACGAAAUAAACAUAUAGAAAA